CUUACUUGGGGGCCAGACAGCCGAAGCUCGCUCUCGCUGGGCAAGGCAGCAGCUUCGGCCACUCCCAACAGAUUUUUCUCUCCUCUUAAAAAAAGUCCAUUUGGAUUGCGAGAACAACGCGGAGGUAACGGAGACCAACUUUUUCUGGAGAAGAUGCUCGGGGCCUACUGAGAGUCCCCGAGCUCCAGGAAGUUUCUUCUCCGCUACCUGCCUGGGUGUCCCCCGCCCCAGGACCUUUUCUGAGCAGCUUGUCAGGAGCCUCCAAGAUGUUCCGAAAGCUAUUCCCCACGCUCCUGGUCUGGGGCCUCUUGGGCUCCCUUCGAGCCCAACAACAAAUGGCAUUCUUUGAAGGCAGCACCACGGACAGAGCCAGCAACUGCCCAGAGAAAACGGACUGCCCCAUCAACGUGUACUUCGUCCUGGACACCUCGGAGAGUGUGACCAUGCAGUCCCCCAUAGACAGCCUGCUGAGCCAAACGCAGCAGUUCCUCCUGCAGUUCACCAGCGAGCUGAAGAACCAGAACUACCGCGACCAGGUGGCCAUCAGCUGGCACUACGGAGGCCUGCACUUCUCUGACGAGGUGGAGAUCUUCAGCCCCCUGGGCAGCGACGAGGCCACCUUCAAAUCCAAGCUGCAGCAGAUCAGGUCCUUCCGCCGAGGCACCUUCACGGACUGCGCCAUCUCCAACAUGACCCAGGAAAUCACAAGACAUUCAAACAAGGGCAUUAACUUCGCCAUAGUGAUCACCGAUGGGCAUGUCACCGGGAGCCCGUGCGGCGGCAUCAAGAUGCAAGCUGAGAGAGCCCGGGACAUGGGCAUCAAGCUCUUCUCGGUGGCCCUCAACCAGAACAAGAAUGAACAUGGGCUCCGGGAAAUCGCCAAUCUGCCCCACGAGCUCUACCGAAAUAACUACCUCACCAUCAGAGAGGACUUAUCAAUUGACCAAGACACCAUUGACAGAAUCAUCAAGGUCAUGAAACACGAAGCAUAUUCAGAGUGCUACAAAGUGAGCUGCCUGCAGAUCCAAGGCCCUGCUGGUCCCAAGGGUUAUCGAGGACAGAAGGGUGCCAAGGGAAACAUGGGUGAGCCAGGCGAACCUGGACAGAAAGGGCGACAGGGAGACCCCGGCAUUGAGGGCCCCAUUGGCUUCCCAGGACCCAAGGGUGUCCCUGGUCUGAAAGGCGAGAAGGGGGAAUACGGUGGAGAUGGAAGAAGGGGAGCUGCGGGGCUGGCAGGCAAGAAUGGGACUGACGGACAGAAGGGGAAGCGGGGACGCAUUGGACCCCCUGGCUGCAAGGGGGACCCCGGUGACAGGGGCCUUGAUGGUUACCCAGGAGAAGCGGGAAGCCCAGGAGAACAAGGAGACCAAGGCAGUAAGGGAGAUUCUGGCCGCCCAGGACGCCGAGGCCCCCCAGGACUGGAUGGAGAGAAAGGCAACCCGGGUUACCAAGGCAACAACGGAGCCCCUGGAAGCCCAGGCGUGAAGGGAGCCAAGGGGGGACCAGGACCCAGAGGACCCAGAGGAGAGCAGGGCCGCAGAGGAGAUCCUGGGGCCAAAGGCAGCCCAGGAAACGACGGGCCAAAGGGAGAAAAGGGAGACCCCGGCCCAGAGGGACCCAGAGGCCUGGCAGGAGAAAUUGGGAACAAAGGAGCCAAGGGUGACCGUGGCUUGCCCGGACCCAGAGGACCUCAGGGCAGCCUUGGAGAGCCUGGGAAGCAGGGAUCACGUGGGGAUCCAGGGGAUGCUGGUCCCAGAGGAGAAUCAGGACCUCCAGGACCCAAGGGAGACCGAGGUCGGCCUGGCUUCAGUUACCCUGGACCUCGAGGAGAGCCGGGAGAAAAAGGGGAGCCUGGCCCCCCAGGCCCAGAGGGCGGAAGAGGGGACUUUGGAAUCAAGGGAGCCCCUGGGAAAAAAGGAGAGAAAGGAGAGCCGGCAGAUCCUGGUCCCCCCGGAGAGCCCGGUCCCAGAGGACCCAAAGGAUCUCCAGGCCCAGAGGGCGAACCCGGACCCCCUGGAGACCCCGGCCUGACGGAAUGUGACGUCAUGACAUAUGUGAGGGAGACGUGUGGCUGCUGUGACUGCGAGAAGCACUGCGGCGCUCUGGAUAUCGUGUUCGUCAUUGACAGCUCGGAGAGCAUCGGCUACACCAACUUCUCCCUGGAGAAGAAUUUUGUCAUCAAUGUCGUCAACAGGCUCGGUUCCAUCACCAAGGACCCCAACGCAGAAACAGGGACUCGCAUCGGGGUGGUUCAGUACAGCCAUGACGGAACCUUUGAGGCCAUUAAGCUGGACGAUGAGCGGAUCACCACCCUUUCCCAAUUCAAGGAGGAGGUGAAAAAGUUAGAGUGGAUUGCAGGGGGCACCUGGACCCCCUCGGCCCUGAAUUACACCUACAACGCUCUCAUCAAGGGCAGCAGGCGGAAGAAGACCAAAGUGUUCGCGGUCGUCAUCACCGACGGGCGCCAUGAUCCCCGUGAUGACGAGCAAUCCCUCACGGCCUUGUGUAACACGGUCGAGAACGUCGUCGUCACGGCCAUUGGCAUCGGGGACAUGUUCAACGAGCAGCACGAGAGCGAGAGUCUGAGGUCCAUCGCCUGCAACCAGAAGGGUCAAGUGCGCAACAUGACCUUGUUCUCUGACUUGGUGGCCGAAAAGUUCAUCGAUGAGAUGGAAGUUUUCCUCUGCCCAGAUCCACAGAUUGUCUGCCCCGAUCUUCCCUGCCAAACAGAGCUGUACGUAGCCCAGUGUACCCAACGGCCUGUUGACAUUGUCUUCCUGCUCGAUGGCUCGGAGAGGAUUGGGGAGCGCAACUUCCACAAGGCCCACCGCUUUGUGGAGGAGGUGGCGCGCAGGCUCACCCUCGCCCGGCGACACAACGACCCCAUGAACGCGCGAGUGGCCCUCCUCCAGUACGGCAACGAGCGCGAGCAGGAGGUCGUCUUCCCGCUCACCUCCAACCUGACCGUGAUCCACAAUGCGCUCAGCAACAUCCGAUACCUCAACUCCUUCUCCCACAUUGGCACGGGCAUCAUCCAUGCCAUCAACAGCAUCGUCAUGGCGCAGCAGGCGGGGGCCCGGCGCCACGCUGAACUCUCCUUCGUCUUCAUCACAGACGGCAUCACGGGGGAGAUGAGCCUGAACGAGUCCCUGCACUCCAUGCGCAAGCAGGAUGUCGUGCCCACCGUGCUGGCCCUGGGCACCGACGUCGACAUGGGCCUCCUCAUGAAGGUCAGCCUGGGGGAUCGGUCGGCCAUCUUCCGCGAGAAGGACUACGACUCCCUGUCCCAGCCCGGCUUCUUGGACAGGUUCAUUAGAUGGAUCUGCUAGCUCUCCCCGAAGCUUUCAGAAGGCGCGUGUCCCAAGCACUCCACUCGCCCCCGCGGCCCCAACCCCAGAACACAGAUGGCCACACACAGCUGAGAUGCAGCCUUCCCCCUCCUCUGAGUUUAGUCCGCCCUCGCCUUGGCCUGGUGGGGCCCGAACCAGAGCACCCCUGCAGGCCCGACGCAGAGCGGACCUGAUUGUCCGUGACGAACAAGGAGCCGUAACCAGCCCUAAACUCUUCAUGGUGCUAAUAGAAAACCAGAGCCAUAGAAUAACCUUUUCGAUGCUUCUUAAAGUGCCAAGUCAUUCCCUGCUCUGCGUGUGCGCGUGUGUGUGUGGAGUGCCUGCCAGAGUGUCUGGCUGCACGGAGAUAUCCAUAUUAGAGGCGUUCUUAGAGGAGAGAGCUCAGCAUCUCCCUGAGAUGAGGCAUCAGGGGCGCCCGAAUCUCCAGGAUGUUUGCUCUUCCCGUCCCCACACUGGUUCUGAUGAAGUCCAGUCCCAUCCCUGAGGUGGAUUCUCCUAUUCCCUGGGCCCUCCAAGUAGAGGGAAACGCAGAGCUUCCAGGAUCGAGAGCAAGUGGAAAGACACACAACCAGAGCAGCAUUGACCAGCGCUGGUGGGGACCCUGUCCCCCCAGUCCGUCCCACACGCACGGCAGAAUACUCUUCCUGACAGGCCACGGACAUCCGUCACCUCUCCACACCAGCCCCCUCGGGGGCUCCCUCACGCCUCUUGCACCCACCAUGAGAAUGUUGGCCUCCCAUCCAAGGCCACCAUCUUCAAAUUGCAAUCCACAGGGCCCUCGGUGCCUGCCCUCUCCUCCCCGCCAGCCAAGAUCCACACCAAGGGGACUUGAUGCUUUCUGCUUCCUCGCCUGGCCUGGGCUGCUCUGCCCUUGUCCCCCACACUCUCCCCAUCACCCACUUUGGAAUCCAGCCCCAAGUGCAUGUUUCCCAUUGGACUGUUAGCCCUCAGACUUGGCCUUCCCUGCAGGGUCCCUGCUUGCUGAGAGAGCUGCUCGUGCCUUAGCUUUGGUCCUUUCAUCCGCAGAUGCCUCCUCUGCCUCACCUCCAUUCUGAGAGCAGAGAAAGGUCCCUUCCUUCUCAUGCAGUGGAGGAGCAUGGUACACACUCGGUGCUCCCUGUGUGCUUGUAGAUGCACCCCUUCUUUUCACCACAAGGCACAGGGGCGCCUUUACUCAUCUGCUGCUCCCUCCCUCCCUGCACUCGGGUCUGCCUUCCCUCUCAUUGCCACCAUGUGCCCCCUCAGGAGUGAACUCAGGUCUUCCUCAGAAGAGGCAGCUUAGUCAGGCUGUUGACCUCCUGCUGUUCCAGCCUGGUCCUGGGAAUACAACUCCUGGCACUUUGCUGUAGUUAGGAUCCCAACGGCACCCUACAAAUCCUGCUCAGGCUGCAGAUCUCUUCACCUCUUUUUUUGGCUCUCCUUGAUCCCUUUCCAUAAGAAGCUGUGGGAUUCCACACCUGCCUCCCCCCUCGUAGUUACAUACGUCACUGGGGGCAUCAGGCUUAGCCACAGAAUUAAAAUCCAAUACAUUUCUUCUGGAAACAAACUCUGUGACAUUUCAUCAAUAAACUUUUUUCUUA